ACCCCAGGGUUUUAAAUUUGAAAAUGAAAAAGAUUUUUAUUUUGUUUUCUUUAAACCACAAGAAGAUAAGCAUUGUUUAUUUAUUUUUGGGUAUAUGGUCUGGUUUUAUAGGAUUAGGACUAAGUAUGAUAAUUCGUUUAAAUCUAAUGAGUCCAUAUCACAAAGUUAUUUUGACUGAGUUGUAUAAUUUAACAAUAACCAGGCAAGGCAUAGUUAUGAUUUUUUUUCUUGAUGCCUAUCUUAAUUGGGGGGUAUGUACUUGGGCUCGGGGGUUGGUUGAACAUUCUACCAACCCCUUUCUAGAAAGUAUUUUUUUGGUAGGGGGUCGAUUAUAUGUUAAUUUCGCUAACUUAGCAGAUUCUAGGUUGUACAUAGAUUGGGUACUUCGUAAACCAAUGUUUGUGUGGGGUUAUUAUUUUACUUCAUUUUUGUUAUUUUUAUCAAUUCCAGUUUUGGUUGGAACUAUAACAAUGUUACUCUUUGGUCGUAAAUUUGGAACAUUAUAUUUUGAUCCUCUGGGUGGGGGCGAUUCUAUAAUUUUUCAACACAUAUUUUGGUUUUGUAGGCACCCAGAGAUUUAUGUUUUGAUAUUACCUGGUUUUUCGAUGAUUGGUGACAUAUGUACCGAACUAAGAAAACGAAAAUCACUGGUAGGGUACUUGGGUAUGGUAUUAGCAAUGUUUUUGAUUGCUGUGUUGGGGUUUAUUAUUUGA